AUGAGCGAUUUCAACUCAAAGACUCUGGGAAAGUGCCUCUGCAUCAUCACCGGGGCAUCAAAAGGAUUUGGACGGUGUCUGGCACAGCAGGUUCCCCCUCUUCUAGUGGCUGGCUCUGCACUCAUACUGGUGGCUCGCACUGGUCAGCUGCUGCAGGAGUUAAAGACAGAGCUGGUGAACCUGGGGGUCUCUCAGGGGCUGGUGGUCCGGUGUGUUGCAGCUGAUCUGAGCACAGCGGAGGGAGUGGCCGAGACGCUGCAGGCGGCAAAACAACAGAAUGUGAAUGACUAUGAUCAUGUGCUUCUCAUUAACAACGCUGUGCGUACGGCCACCCCCGACACCAUGCAUCUCAUCUCAUGCCUCCCCUUAGUGGAUUAA